GGGAGCCGCCGGCGGACGCGAGCCGCGGCGGGCGCCCGAGCUUUGUGUGCGCCCGCGGGCCCGGGGCGAACCUCCGGCGGCCCAACUUUGCGGCUCCUGGCCGGCUCCCAGGAGGGAGUUGUGAGGCGUGGCUGGCCGGAGAAGGCGCCCGGGGUGGGGUGGGGGGCGUGGGGCUCCCCGCGGGAGGGACCGAGCGAGCCGCGCUGGACAAUGAGCUGGGCAGCUCGACGCUGCGGCCACUUGUAGGGGGGGCGCGGGCCAUUCGUCUCCUCGGCGGCUCAGCUGCCCCACCUGCGAGCAGAGGGCGAGAUGCCACAGCCAGGUGUCCCGGCGCUCUGAGGCCCCCACGGUCAGACGUCCCUGAGCUGGCUCUCUCAUUGACACUAGGCUACCCGGAGGCUUCGGCUGGGACGUUUUUUGUGGGGGAGCCUUCAGAGCUGCCGCGAUGGCCAGCACCAGGAGUAUUGAGCUGGAGCACUUUGAGGAACGGGACAAAAGGCCGCGACCAGGGUCGCGGAGAGGGGCGCCCAGCUCCUCGGGAGGCAGCAGCAGCUCGGGCCCCAAGGGGAACGGGCUCAUCCCUAGCCCGGCGCACAGUGCCCACUGCAGCUUCUACCGCACGCGGACCCUGCAGGCUCUGAGCUCAGAGAAGAAGGCCAAGAAGGCGCGCUUCUACCGGAAUGGGGACCGCUACUUCAAGGGCCUGGUGUUUGCCAUCUCCAGCGACCGCUUCCGGUCCUUCGACGCGCUGCUCAUAGAGCUCACUCGCUCCUUGUCGGACAACGUGAACCUGCCCCAGGGUGUCCGCACCAUCUACACCAUCGACGGCAGUCGGAAGGUCACCAGCCUGGACGAGCUGCUGGAAGGUGAGAGUUACGUGUGUGCAUCAAAUGAACCAUUUCGUAAAGUUGAUUACACCAAAAAUGUUAAUCCAAACUGGUCUGUGAACAUCAAGGGUGGGACAACACGAGCCUUGGCUGCUCCCUCCUCAGUGAAAAGUGAAGUGAAGGAAAGUAAAGAUUUCAUCAAACCCAAAUUAGUGACUGUGAUUCGAAGUGGAGUGAAGCCUAGAAAAGCGGUGCGGAUCCUUCUAAAUAAGAAGACUGCUCAUUCCUUUGAACAGGUGUUGACAGACAUCACCGAAGCCAUUAAACUAGAUUCGGGAGUGGUCAAGAGGCUCUGCACACUGGACGGAAAGCAGGUUACUUGUCUGCAAGACUUUUUUGGUGAUGACGAUGUUUUUAUUGCUUGUGGGCCUGAAAAAUUCCGUUAUGCCCAAGAUGACUUCGUCCUGGAUCACAGUGAAUGCCGCGUCUUGAAGUCCUCUUAUUCUCGCUCCUCAGCUGUCAAGUAUUCUGGAUCUAAAAGCCCUGGGCCCUCCCGACGCAGCAAAUCCCCAGCUUCAGUAAAGAGGGGUGGACACCACUCCGGUGCCUACUCGGCAGCCAGAUCCCCAGUUAACGGAACUCCCAGCAGCCAGCUGUCUACUCCUAAAUCAACGAAAUCUUCUAGCUCUUCUCCAACUAGCCCAGGAAGUCUCAGAGGAUUAAAGCAGAUUUCUGCACACGGCAGAUCUUCUUCCAAUGUAAAUGGUGGACCUGAACUUGGUCGUUGCAUGAGUCCUGAAGGUGUGAAUGGAAACAGGUGCUCUGAAUCAUCAACUCUUCUUGAGAAAUACAAAAUUGGGAAGGUUAUUGGUGAUGGGAAUUUUGCUGUAGUCAAAGAGUGCAUGGACAGGUCCACUGGAAAGGAAUUUGCCCUGAAGAUUAUAGACAAAGCUAAAUGUUGUGGAAAGGAGCACCUGAUUGAGAAUGAAGUGUCAAUCCUGCGCAGGGUGAAACAUCCGAAUAUCAUCAUGCUGGUUGAGGAGAUGGAAACAGCUACUGAGCUCUUUCUAGUGAUGGAACUGGUCAAAGGUGGAGAUCUCUUUGAUGCAAUUACCUCUUCAACCAAGUACACUGAGAGAGACGGCAGUGCAAUGGUGUACAACCUGGCCAACGCCCUCAGGUAUCUUCAUGGCCUCAGCAUCGUGCACAGAGACAUCAAGCCAGAGAACCUCUUGGUGUGUGAAUAUCCCGACGGAACCAAGUCCUUGAAACUGGGAGAUUUUGGGCUGGCCACUGUGGUAGAAGGUCCUUUAUAUACAGUCUGUGGCACACCAACUUAUGUGGCUCCAGAAAUAAUUGCUGAAACUGGCUAUGGCCUGAAGGUGGACAUUUGGGCAGCAGGCGUGAUUACAUACAUACUUCUCUGUGGGUUCCCACCAUUCCGAAGUGAGAACAAUCUUCAGGAGGAUCUUUUCGACCAGAUCUUGGCUGGGAAGCUGGAGUUUCCAGCCCCCUACUGGGAUAACAUCACAGACUCAGCAAAGGAAUUAAUCAGUCAGAUGCUUCAGGUAAACGUCGAAGCUCGGUGUACUGCGGGAGAAAUCCUGAGCCACCCCUGGGUGUCAGAUGAUGCCUCCCAGGAGAAUAAUAUGCAAGCUGAAGUAACAGGUAAACUCAAACAGCACUUUAAUAAUGCGCUCCCCAAACAGAACAGCACCACCACCGGGGUCUCGGUUAUCAUGAACACGGCUCUAGAUAAGGAGGGGCAGAUUUUCUGCAGCAAGCACUGUCAGGACAGCAGCCGACCUGGGAUGGAGCUGACCUCUCCAGCCCCUCCCUCAGCUGAGGAGCCUCCCGUGUCCGUGCCGCCAGCCCCGGCCCCUGCCCCUUCGGAAUCACCCACACCCCCCUGCCCCCCUGCCGCUGCGGGCUGUGAGCGGGCCGGGACCUGGCGCCGCCACCGUGACUGAGCCCCGGGCAGACGGGCUGGAGCCCGCCACACCGCUGGAAAGCCCCUCUUCUGCCCGGGCUGCCGCGCAGUCCACUCGCUGAAGAGGCUUUCUCCGCUGCCUGUCCUCCAGAAGGUUGCUGGCACCCCCAAGGCCGCCGGGAGCCAGGAGCUCUGUGCCAGGGGCUGGCUUCUUUCAUACUCUGGGCUCUGCCCUCUAGUUCCUGGAGGGUCCUAUGCAGUGUUAGCCUUGGUGACAGAAAUUCAGAGAGGCUCAUUUGAAGUUGAUGGUUUUUUGUUUUUUGUUUUUGGGGUUUUUUUUUUGGUUUAAUGGACAUUUUCAGUGUCACCAAGAGAAUGUGCAACUUUUAUCUGGGAUUUAAUGCAUUUUUAUAGAAACACUUUGGAUGAACCAAGAUCUCUCCCCUAUUUAAGUAAACUCGGAGUGUUCCUUUUUUUCUUACGAGAACUUAGAACUGCAUUUGUCCCUUUGCGGGUGUCCUGUGAGAGGUGACACGGCUCCUUCCUAUGCUGAUGGGGUUUGGAGGACUGGCUUUCCGAUGGGAGAAUUGAGCAUCCAAGAGGACAGUCUGGUCACUGGACACUAAUUCCAGACUUUGAGAAGUGCUUUCUGGUGCCUGAGGAAGCAGCCUACCAUGUAUAGCUUGGGGUGCUGGGCUUACCUGAGAUGACACUGGAUAUUUAUUUGUACACAGACCCCAGGGGAAAGUCAUUUUGUUCCCUCAACUUGUGUGUUCUCCCGCUAACUCUUCCCACAUAUGUAUUAGGAAAUGCUAACGAAGUUGUCCUUUGGCCUUUUUCAUGAAAGGCUUGGCGCAUGCAGCUUUCCCUGGGCCAAGGUGGCUUCUUCUCAGCAAGUCGGCUUCUAGAGAGCAGACAUCUGAACAGCCACCAGAGUCUCCAUCAUCUGUUUGUCAUCUGGAGCUGGCCGGAAACAACUGAGGAAACGUGGGCCGAGGCCCAGGCAGGACUGGGGCAGGGAGGUGCUCCGCAGACAUCCUCUGUUAUUAACCUUCUGGAAGGCUGCUGGCAGUUUUUCCUUUUUUCCCACUACCCUGCCCUUUUUAAUCAUUGUACGUAAUCAGUAGAUUUGUUUUACCCACUCAUCCCCUAAACUGGUGGGCCCUGUAGUUCAUUCUAAUUGUUAGACUUUUGCCUCUUACCAGUGUACCUAACCUGCAAUAAACCCUUCUUGA